AUGUGGAUUUGGUCAUUUGUGGCGAUCCAUGAGUUUUCGAGUGUUUAUUGGAUUGAUUUGAGAUUCAAGGGGGACUAUCUGAAUAAUGAUUUUGAAGAGGAGCAGGACACUCCCGGUGCAGAAGCCGAUUACGAUUUUCCAAUCGUGGAGCAAGAGCAGGAACCAGAAAUCCAAGAUGACGGUCAAAAUGAAGAGGAUCACAAUUUAGAAGCACUACUCGAACGUCUUUGGAAUAUGAAGCAGUUCAAGAAGACCUCAAGCGGAUUUGAAUGCAAAAUCUGUCUUGUCGAGUACAGUACCACCAGGAUUCCGAGAAUGCUCAGAGGGUGCGGACACACGAUUUGUGAGGUGUGCGCUGGUCAAUUGUUGAAAGAUGGUACUAGAUUCACUACAUACAACAUAGCCAGUAGGUCCAUUAGAUGCCCAUUCUGUCGGAAGAUUACUGUAGUGCAAGGCACCGUGCAGCAGAUGCCAAAAAACUACGAUUUGAUGGAAGUUAUUGGGAUUUAA